AUGGAUAUUGUGCCAAAAGAAACUUUUUGGCAAUUACAAUUAAAUGAUAAUGAAGUAGAGAAAAUAUUAAAAAAUGGAAUGAAUGUACUUUGUGGAACUUUGAAAUCAACAAUUUAUUUGCCUGGUAAAUUGAGUGGAGAUGAAGCAAUUUAUCUUAUUAAACAAUGGAAGGAAAUGAACGGAGAAGAUGAAUCAACGUCAAAUUUAACGAAUUUACUAAGAACUGGUCAAAUAGGAGCAGUAACUGUCCAUUUAGAUGUUCGUCAAUCAGUUGUCAGUAUGCUUUUCUUUCAUGGAAAUUAUUAUUCUUUGUGGGAUGGACAAGUAAUUAAUUUUUAA